AUGAAUCACCUAGGACAUUUUUACUUGUGUGUUUCCGUUCUUUUGGACAUUAUCGGUAACCAAGAUGAUGUUCGUGGAAAAGUAAUCUCGCUAGAUCCAGGUGUUAUGACAGGUUACGAUCCCGAUGGUCAAUUAAUUAAGUGGGGUAACGAUAGAGAUUUCCAAGACGGAAAUUUAGUUCGUUACUUUGAAUUAAAAAAAGGAACAAUAAUGCCACUUUACGAAGAACCAGCAGCUACAACGCAAUAUACACAAUACGCUACGGAUCCAGCUCUUGCUCAAACAAAUGGUGUAGAAGAAGAUACAACUAAUACUGAACCAACUUCACAAAAAUCAGAUUUGGAACGCUAUUGGGAAAUCGUUAAGGCUAACCCAGAUGAUUUUGCAUCAUGGGAAUAUUUGAUUAGAGUUGCCGAGAGUGCAGAAGGUGGUCUAACACCAAAAUCACCACCAGAGAAUAUUACUAAUAUGCGUGAAGUAUUUGAUCAAUUUUUGGCCAAAUUUCCUUUAUGUUUUGGCUAUUGGAAGAAAUAUGCAGAUUUUGAACUUACUAUCCAAGGUCCAACUGAAGCCGAAAAGAUUUAUGAACGUGGUGUCGUUGCUAUAGCAAAUUCAGUUGACCUUUGGACGCAGUAUUGUGGUUUUAAAAUUGAACAUUAUUCUGAUGAUUUAGAAGCCAUAAGAGGUUUAUUUGAACGUGGUGCUGCUAAUGUAGGAUUGGAUUUCCUUUCCCAUUUAUUUUGGGAUAAAUAUGUUGAAUUUGAGAAAUCUGUUCAGGAUUACGUUCGUGUUAUGAAAGUACUGGAUAGGAUCAUUCGUAUUCCUAUUCAUCAGUACGCUAGGUUUUUUGAAGAUUUCAAUAACUUGCUCAGUACACGGCCAAUUGCUGAAUUAUUAACCUCUGAACAAUAUAAAAAAUAUGAGGAGGAGGUAAAAGCAACACCACCUACUCCAACUGAAGGAACGGAAGGUGAACAACCACUUCCUCCUACAGAAAAGACAGAGGAACAAAUCCAGAACGAGAUUCGAACACGCGUAUAUAAUCUCUACGUGGAUAGUUAUACUAAAACACAUAAUGAAGUUAAUAAGCGUUGGGUGUUUGAGCAAGAGAUUAAAAGACCGUACUUUCAUGUUAAGGAAAUGGACAUUCCUCAGCUAACCAAUUGGAGAAGGUAUCUUGACUUUGAAGAAAGUGAGGGCGAUGAUACAAGAAUUCAAGUGUUAUAUGAACGAUGUUUAGUUGCUUGCGCUUUAUAUGAAGAAUUUUGGCAAAGAUAUGCACAUUGGAUGAUUUCCAAAAAUAGGUGCGAUGAUGCGCGAAAUAUAUAUAUUCGGGCUAUUUCCGUCUUUAUACCAAUCAGCCGCCCAAGUAUUCGAUUGUCAUUUUCUUGUCUUGAAGAACAACAGGGCAAUAUUGAGGAAGCUAGAGACAUAUAUAAAAAUAUAAUGGAAUCAUCUCUUGGCCACGUAGAAACGAUAAUGAAGUAUACACAUUUUGAGCGUCGUCGAAAUCCUGAUGAUUUAUCCAAAGCCUUAAAUAUUCUAACAUCAGCUCUUGAGAGCGACACAUUGGAUGAGAAAUCAAAAUCUUAUAUCAUAGUACAAUAUUCAAAGAUGAUAUGGCAUCACAAAGGUUCAGUAGAAGAUGCACGUCAAAUCUUCCAGCAAAAUGCGACGAAAUGUUUGGAUAGCAAAUAUUUUUGGUGGAAUUGGUUCAAGUUUGAGCUAUCUCAAAAUGAUUCUGAGGUCGAAACAUACGUUAAAAACGUGGUUGAAAUGAUUCGCAAUGUCACUACUUUGUCAGCCGAAACAAUACGAGACAUUCAAAAUAGUUACCUAGAGUUUCUUAUGGAGCGUGGAUCUACAAUUUCUUUAUAUAACAAGAUUGAUGCAGAGACACAUGGUCCUAUUGCUAUUCGGGCUGUAGCUGACUCAAAAAAACGUAGUGUGGAAGAAGAUGAUGAUAAACCUUCUAAGCAGUUACGUAUUGAUGGAGAGGUUGAUCCUACGGCGGUUGAAUCUGGCGCAGUAUCACCAGUAGUUUCCCCGGCUGCUUCGUAUGCUCAACCGCCCUAUUACCCGCAAGGUCCAUGGAGCACACAAGGAUAUACGAGUUACCCAGCUGUAAGCGCUGCUUCUGCUGCUAACGCUCAGCAGACAAGUUAUCAAUAUCCGUAUCAAUAUUCCCAAUCGACCGCUGGUGCUGCCACUGCCACUUCCGCUACUCCAACUCAAGUUCCAUCGGGCACAUGGGAUUAUAAUCAACCAAGCGCAACAGGAUAUUAA